AUGGCCUCUGAGCUGAAGACCGAUCCUAAGUACGACGACUAUGAAUACCCCACCACAAGCCCUAAUGUUCAGAGUGGCCAUCCAGGGCAUACAACGCCAGAGCAAGAUGCUCAGGUCUUCCAGCUGCGCACACAAUUAGAGCAAGCAGGCUACACGGAGCGAUUAGACACUUUAUGCAUGCUUAGGUUCCUACGCGCACGAAAGUUCAACGUCGACCAUGCAAAGCAAAUGUUCAUAGAUUGCGAGAAAUGGAGGAAAGACUUUGGUGUUGACGAGCUCGUACGGACAUUUGAUUACAUAGAGAAGCCGAAGGUCUUCGAGUACUACCCACAGUACUAUCAUAGAACGGACAAGGAGGGGCGACCAGUCUACAUCGAGCAAUUGGGCAAAAUCGACCUUGCCGCCAUGUACAAGAUCACCACCGCUGAACGAAUGUUGCAAAACCUUGUGGUCGAGUACGAGAAGCUCGCUGAUCCCCGCCUGCCUGCCUGUUCACGCAAGUCUGGACAGUUGCUCGAAACCUGUUGCACCAUCAUGGAUCUCAAAGGGGUCGGUAUCUCCAAAGUGAGCUCCGUGUAUGGCUAUGUCAAACAGGCUUCGGCAAUCUCCCAGAAUUACUAUCCUGAGCGGCUGGGGAAGCUCUAUCUUAUAAAUGCCCCUUGGGGCUUCUCCUCUGUCUUCAGCGUGGUAAAAGGCUUUCUUGACCCUGUGACUGUUCAGAAGAUCCACGUUCUGGGUAGUGGUUAUCAAACCGAGUUGCUUGGACAAGUACCAAAGCAGAACUUGCCAAAGCUUUUCGGCGGAACUUGCGCGUGCGAAGGCGGCUGCGCCCUGAGCGACGAGGGUCCUUGGCAAGACUCCGAGUGGACCAAAGCACCAAAAGGGGCGCGGACAGAAGGAGAAUCAAAGGCGAGUAAACCAACCAGCACUACAUCUGCUGUGCAGCCUCAGACUGCCUAA